GAUAGAUAUUAGGAAUGAAUUUCUCCUCCGCAAAGGGAGGGGACGGACAAAGAAACAAAUUGACUCUUUUUAAUAACCAAUUCAAUCAUGCUCACACCAACUCCUUUUCUUCUCUCUCUCUCAUGUCAACUAAAAUAAGCUCAAGUUUACUCUUUUCCCCAAUUUUAGCAAUUUUCCUUUUUAACCAAAAAUAUCAUUCCCAUCAUCUUCGUUGUAAUUUAAUAUUUGCGUACCCCUUCGGUUAAUGGAGGAGGUGCUUUGAAUUUUAUUUCAUCACCAAUUUUCUCCUACAAACCACAAACGUCUCAAAAUUCUAUCUACGUAGGGAAACUUUUUAUUCCUUUUUUUUUUUUUUUAUAUGAAAUAUUUGGGGAUGUAUAUUACGGUGUGAUUCUAAAUGUUGUUUUCUGGGAACAAUUUGGAGCUGUUUUAACUUUCAUUCUUUAUAAGGAAUGUUUAGAUUUUGAUGUUAGGCACACCAAUUCCGCUUGGCGAAUUGGGAAUUCAAUAGAUAUUUGAGAUAUUCUUCUGAUGUUUAUGGUUUGUGGAGAAAACCUCAAGAAUCAUGCAAAGGUGGUCUUUGACAGUUUCAACCAAUUCCUUCUGAUGUUUUGAGAAAGGGUUAUUGUUGGUUUGGUGAAUUGAAUUGAAUGAUCCCAUAUAGGAUUUCGGAUUGAUCAAGGUUUGAAGAUUCCACGUCAGGGAUUUUUUUGUCAAAAAGUAAAAUUGGGGCCUUUUUUUUAAGGCUGUGAAGGAAGGAACUCUUUUUCUGAUUAGUUAAUUAUUGUGUUCAUUAAUAAUUUGCUGAGGGACAUGAAAUUUCUAAGCUUGGUUGGGAAUUCUUUUGGGUGUUCUGCAUCUGGGGAGAGAUUGGUUUCUGCAGCAAGAGAUGGAGAUGUUCAAGAGGCUAAGGCCCUGUUGGAUUAUAAUCCACGCCUUGCAAGGUAUUCUACCUUCGGUGUUCGCAAUUCGCCUUUGCAUUACUCUGCAGCUCACGGCCACCAUGAGAUAGUGUAUCUCUUGCUUGAGUCUGGAGUUGAUAUUAAUCUCAGGAAUUAUCGCGGUCAGACUGCAUUGAUGCAAGCUUGCCAACAUGGUCACUGGGAGGUUGUUCAGACUCUGAUUAUUUUUAACGCCAACAUUCAUAAAGCAGAUUACCUAAAUGGAGGUACUGCUCUCCAUUUGGCUGCUUUAAACGGCCAUACCAGGUGCAUUCGGCUCCUCCUGGUGGACUAUAUACCGAGCAUACCUGACUUUUGGGCUGUAUUACAGACAGGUGAUCACAAAUCCAUCUCAGAAUUUGAUCGAAGUGGUCUUUGCGAGGUAAUUAACAAAACGGCUGAUGGUGGCAUCACUGCUCUGCAUAUGGCAGCAUUGAAUGGGCAUGUUGAAAGUGUGCAGUUGCUUUUAGACUUGGGAGCUUCUGUAUCCGAGGUUACCGUAGAGGACGGAACUACUAUUGAUUUAAUUGGUUCUGGGAGCACUCCACUCCAUUAUGCAGCAUGUGGUGGAAAUGCACAGUGUUGUCAACUGUUGAUUGCCAAGGGUGCUAGUCUGACUGCUGAUAAUGCAAAUGGAUGGACUCCGUUGAUGGUUGCUCGUUCAUGGCAUAGAAACUGGCUUGAGGACACCUUAAAAACACCUCCAGCAGAAAAUUUACAAGUUCUUCCUUCGCCAUAUAUAUCUCUUCCACUUAUGAGCAUUGUGAGAAUUGCUAGAGAAUGUGGAUGGAGGACAAGUGAAUUAGCACCUACGUGUUUAGAUCCAUGUGCAGUUUGUUUGGAAAGGAAAUGCAUGGUCGCUGUUGAAGGGUGUGAUCAUGAAUUCUGCACACAAUGUGCCUUGUACCUUUGUUCAACAAACUCUGCUUCAACAACCACACAUGGUCCCCCAGGUUCAAUUGCUUGUCCUCUUUGCCGCCAUGGCAUAGUCUCGUUUGUCAAGCUUCCAGGCACAAGACCACUACCUAAGGAAAUGCCAAGAACAACAAACUUAUCAUUAACAUUUUGCACAUGUUCAAGUGAAGUGCUUGGAGAUUCCACCGACAUGACGACUCCAUUUUGCAAACCAACUAGAUCAAAAAUUUCCUCCCCUUCGAGAUCGUUUCGGUCGCAGAGUUGCCAGAGAUUCUCUUCAUUCAAAAUCAACUCUAGUCUUUGUUUGGGAGCUGAUGUUAGUCCUUCAUUGGUUCCUUGCACAAGUUUGAGUAGGAACUUGAGGAACCAUUUGGCCAGAUGUUCUGGUUCUGGUUUUAGAAGAUCAUCUUCUCAUGAUGAGAGAAAGAAGUCUUCAUGGUUUUGUUCUCUCCAUCAAUCCGUUUCCACAGGCAGUGGAUGCUGAUUUUAAUUAUUUACUUUUAAAGUCAUUUUUAUGGUUUUCAUUUUAUUAUCACACCAAUAUAAUAGCAAUAUCCAAAGUUAAUAUUUAUCAUUCAAAAUAUCAUCCAUUCAAUGUUGACACUGUUAUUAGCUUGCAAGUUGUAAAUAACACCCCAAUUGUUCAGCCGAAACAAGCCUUUUUUUUGGGUUCACAUUUA